CUAUGGUUAUUAUAAUAUUGUUUAUUUCAUGCUUAACAUAUAUUUUUUUUUAAAUCUUAAAACAAAAUAAAACAUUUAUAAUGAAAAUGUUGGUGCCCUUGUUUAGCACGUGUGCUUGUGAAGAAAAUGAGUUUCUUGGUUAUGUGAGGUUAUGUUAUUAUCGUAAAUCAUAUACGACCAUGACGUAAAUAGUUUACAAAAUGGAUUUAUUUGUAAUUAACAGAUACUUAGGGGAAAGAAAUGAAGGAAUUCAAGAAGAGGGAGAACAACUAGAUAGACUUCUUCAGAAAAUAGAAGAAAGGAAAAAGAAGAAAUUUGAAAACCAGGAACCGGACAAAAUUCUUUUGAGUAGUCCACAACAUAGCAGUGAGCUAAAUAAUGAUUUUUCACAAGAAAACAAUACAAUUACUGACAGCUCCAUUCAGCCUACAGAUGAUGAUAACGUGGAAAAUUUUCAGGGAAAAGAGAAUGUAGAUCUUAAAAGUUUUACUGUCAUAGAAGCAAAGAAAUUUAAAAAUAACCAGAGAUUUAAAAGCGUAUUACCGCAUUGGCUUGCAAAUCCUGAAAUAAUCCCAACAAAUUUAAAGGAACUGUCGACUCCGGUAGAUGCUAUGUCAGGACUUGAUGAGGACUUGGUGGAGAAACUAAGGAAGGAAAACAUUACUCAUUUCUUUCCUGUACAAUGUAAAGUAAUUCCUUUCUUGCUGUCAGAACUCCGCAAAACUUCAUUGUUUUGGCCAUGUGAUGUAUGUGUGUCAUCCCCAACUGGUAGCGGGAAAACUCUUGCCUUUGUACUUCCAAUUGUACAGACCCUGAAAACACGAGUGGAUCGUAAAAUUAGAGCACUGGUGGUUCUACCUGUUCAAGAUCUAGCUGCACAAGUGUAUGAAGUUUUCAAAUAUUACUGCUCAGGCACAGACUUAAGGGUAGAGUUGACAACAACCAGAACUCCAUUCCAUCUAGAACAGAAGAAGCUUGUUAAGGAGAGUGUAGUGAAUGGAUUUUAUAGCUGGGUAGAUAUUUUGGUGACCACGCCAGGGCGAUUAGUUGGACACCUUCAAACCACGGCUGGAUUUUCUUUGAAAAACUUGCAGUUCUUGGUAAUAGACGAAGCAGACAGGGUGACUGAUAAAGUCCAAAGUAACUGGUUGCAUUACCUUAGACAGCACAUUGAUGAGGUCCACAAGGAACUGCCUCUGAGUGUCGCAACACUCCGGAUGAUUCCUCGGCCACCCCAGAAGUUGCUUUUUUCUGCAACCCUAUCUCAGGAUCCAGAAAAGUUGCAUCAGCUCUCUCUGUUUCAACCAAAGCUGUUCACGUCCAGCACUGGAAGCGCUGGUGAUGAUCAUCCAACAGAAGAAAUUGGAGGUGCUUUGUCAGGAAAGUACGCAACACCACAAGAGCUUACAGAAUAUUAUUGCAUCACUAGUCCUGAAAAAAAGCCAGUUCUCUUGUACCACCUAAUGCAAACAAAGAAUUGGAAGCAUGUAAUCUGCUUCACGUACUCCCAAAAGAUAAGCCACCGCCUGUAUCGGCUGCUCCAUCAUAUAAGUCAAGGAGAAAUUGUGGUUAUGGAAAUAUCGGCAGCCCUGAAACAAGCAGAGAGAGACUUGGUUCUCAGGCGGUUUGAGAUGGGGGAAAUUCACGUUCUAGUGAGCACAGAUGCACUUGCCCGUGGCAUGGAUCUACCCAACGUGGACUGCGUUGUUUCGUACAGCAUGCCAAAGUUCAUGAGGAACUACAUUCACAGAGUGGGUCGGACCGGGAGAGCAGGCAAGAGUGGUUCUGCAGUGACCUUUGUCACGCAGGGCGAGCAACGGCAUUUCGUUGACAUGCUCAAAAACGCUGGGAAGGAAAUCGGAGAGUUGCCGGUGUCUGAGCAAGAUCUGGGUUACCUAUCUGAAUGUUACCAGGCAGCGUGCAAGAAGUUGGGACAGGAAGUUCAAGGUGAAAAGGUCAAGGUCAACAGAAAUGCUAAACUACAGAAAAGAGGUCUAUCCACUAGAAACAACAUAAGGAAGAAAUCUAAAAAAAAUCUUUUGGUCAGUUCUGCAAAUAAGCUAGUAUCUGAGAAAAUUUCAAUUUUAAAUGCUCAUGUAGACAAUGAAAAACCAAAGGUACACAAAAUGAAAACAGAAAAGCAGAACUCAAUAAUCACUAAGUCUGAAAAAGUGAAAAAUAUUAAAAGGAAGAAGGAAGUGGAAGUGACUAAUGUUAAGAAGAUAAAACUUUCUACGUAAAACAUUUUCAUAGCUGAGGACGUGUGCUGUGGAGGGCGGGAAGGCCUCGCAGACAGAUGCCGGUGGACGUCACUGCUAACCAGCUGCGGACAGGGAGACCUGACAACACAGCACCUCCCACCACUGCAGCGUCGGGGGGUCAUCGCGAGCAGCCCCCGUCGUCAGUUCCCGCUUGUCUGAGCGCUGGUGUCUCCUUCCUGAUUGCAUCGCAUCCCGCAUUCUCUUCUGCAGAGUU